AUGCCAAUCUCAAGCCAAGUCUCGAACUUUACGGAGUUUCAGAAAGUAAUACAAAGGGGUCGCAUGAGUACGGUCCAUGAGCAUAGUGCAACAGCAUCCAACGAUGACCCGAUGCAUUCGGAAGGGCCAGAAACAUCUUCACAUGCUGAAAACACGAGACAAGAAUAUUCCGAUUACACGGAAACAUCCUCAAAUGUUGACGACACGAGAGACAAUAUCCUCAUAUUCUUGCGCCAGACUGUCCAGUGGGAUGACGGAUUGAUGGGUAAUGUUACAAGUUUUGAGAUUCCAAAUGAAGACUGGACAUUAUGGGAAAGACUCACACCCGACGAAGAACUAAGAGCCUGGGUCUGGCACCAAAGAGGCAUAGACAGGUUAGGAGUCAGGGUGGUUGAUCAACUCGUGAUAAGAUCCUCAGAUUCCGAUUUGCAGCUCUUUCGGGAAGUGGACGAUGAGGUCUAUGGUUUGUUAACAAACAUUCCUUGGAGUAUUCCUUACAAUGACUUCAACUAUAUGAGGGCGCAUAGUAUUGCCAUCGACGAGAAGGAUUACAAGAACCUAUUCCACCUGGCCAACGCUAUCAUGCAUAGGAUCAAAACCACACCAUUACCGAAAUCUAAGCAGAUUCUGCAAGCGGUGUUAAACUUCAUAAAGGAUAUCUUCCCCGAUACUAAGAAAAUCCAGGAGGAUGCUCUUCGUACUGGCCAGGUCCCGUUCUCACAUGUCUGGACAUUAUUCCGUCCUGGCACUAUUGUGUAUGAGAAACGAACUAUACCGCCGCGUCACAAUAUUUAUGAGCAAUGCUUUAGCGUUAAUAAGCUUGAGGGAUCUGUUAGUCGAUAUGACAACACUAAUGUCCUUUGCUUAUCUCUGGCAGAAAUGGUCUAUUCCUACAGUAUGUCUAAUGAGCCUGGUCCAAGGAUGAUGUGGACAACUCGCCACAUAAGGCAAUACGGUGGUUUGAAAGGCAUCACCACCGAGGACCUGGGUAUCAUACCCUUGAGCAUAAUUCCUCCAGAAGAGAGAACUGCCAUAGAGGCGAGGCUCACACAAAGAGGACGACAAAUGCUACAGAUAUCAAGAAUGCCGUUCAGCUUUUGGAACUACGACGGACCUUAUGGGAUCGUGCAUCAAGUAGUAGGACGUGGUAUAAUGGAGGAAGCACACUCUAAUUGCGAAAUGUCCCUCUUGAUAUGUCGAGGACAUCUGCCCGGCUAUCUACUCUCUUCGAGUAUAUACGCCGUAGGUGUUUUGAUCUCAGAGCUGCGUCAACCAGUUUGGGAACCGCGAACUCAUCCAGCGCUAAUGACGUCCUUCAUGCCGGAUACUACUUUGUGGCACGACCUAGUACAGGGUUUCUUCGAGUCGAGUAACAACGAAAUAGUAGAGGCCAGAGGGUAUGGAGCACGUAGCUCUGGGCUCAUAUUGGCACUAGAAGGGCCUCGGAUUGUGACUAUCUCUAUGGCGAACCAAAUCACAAAUGGACUUCGGAAACCUCUGGUUAUUUUGAACUCCUGGAGAGAUGACCAGACACUCAAAGAGGGGUUAGAUCUAGGCAAUCGCGCUUCUUUCUAUCCAAGCGUGAUGUUAAUAUCAUGCAACUCAAUAAGUGAGCUAGGGGAUUAUUGCGCGGGGAUGAUUGAUGGCAUUGUCAAAUGCCCUAUUCCUUUGAAAGAGCAGCCGUCGGCUCUCUGGAAAUUUCAUCUCUCUCAGCACUUUGCAGUUACAUGA